AGUAAACAAAACUACCUUUUAUCCUCUCUGUUUAGAUUGCACUGGUAUAAUCCUCCUACGGUGCACCUAUUAGUCACUGCUUUGCGUCUACAAUGGAUCUCAAAAUACUCAUUUCUCUUGCAUCUGCAGUUGCAGUUGCAGCUACAGCUAUCAACAAACCUCUUGCCAACAGCCUGGUACAGGAGCAGGACAAAAUUGGGAUCGCCAGUUGUUAUUGGUCGGGCACAGCUCCUUACUGCUCAGGGGAGUGCGAGCCUGGGUGGACUGAGAGGGGACGCAGUCAAUGUGGUGAUGGCAGCUGCUGUUGGACUGGGAGCAAGGCUCUCUGCUGCGAAGACAAGAGUGCCAACCAGGACCUCUAGAUUGAUUAGCUACUAUCGGGAAGGAAAUCCAAAUAAGUAGCUGGCAUGACGACUCUCUGAGAAUACAUUGAAUUGCCUUGCUGUUUUAUAUUACCAUGUAUGAUAAGUGCAAUAAACGUUAUAGUUCAGACGAAGAAGCGACUGCACCUGAAGGGACUCUAUGGCUGGCGGAC